AUGGCGACUGCUCGCAUCGCCGUGCUGACGGCGGUGUUUUCGCGGAAGCUGAGCGCGCAGGUGGACAAGGCGGUGCCGUGCGACGUGCGCGACGCGCUGCUCGUCGACGCGCGCGUCCAUGAGCAGGCAGCGCCGGACGACGCUGCCGCGUGCUCAUCGCGCGCGCUGCACGUGAGCUCCAAAGCGGUGGCUCACCCUCGCGUGGUCCUGCCGCGGCCGUCGUCGUCCCUUGCGGCGGUCUGCAAGAUGGACUCUCGCGCCAUCGUGGCCACUCUUGGAACUCCCGCCGCUGGCGGCAUGCGCGAGGCGCACCACGCCUUGCCGGCGAAUGGAGCCGCUCACUUACCUCCCCCCAACGGCGUCGCGCCUCUCUCGCACGAUUCAAGCGGCGCGUCGAGCAGGUUAGAUCAGCGCGCGCGGUGGACGAAGCGGAAGAGCCGGCAGACGCCGCGGCAGGCGGCGUGGACGGCGGAGCAGGUGCGCGAGAGGGAGCGGCGGAUCGUGGAGGAGGUGGCGCGCGUGCCGGAGGGGCGGAGCGUGGCGGCCGUGCUGGACGCGUGGGCGGGGCGCACGACGCGCGUGGAGAUGUCGAGCGUUGUGAAGGAGCUCGGCGCGCAGCGCAAGGCGCGGCGGUCGCUGGAGGUGUUCGAGUGGAUGGACGCGCAGCGCGGGCGGAUGCGGCCCAACGGGCACACGUACACGCUCAUGCUCGGCAUCCUCGGCAGGGCGGGCAUGGUGGAGGAGGCGGAGGUGCUGUUCGCGCGGUUCCGCGCGGCGGCGUUCCGCGACAAGGUGCACGGCUUCAACGCCAUGCUGCACGCCUGGCUCUCGCACGGCCACCCGCAACGCGCCUGGACGCUCUUCCACCUCAUGCAGCAGCAGCAGCAGCAGCAGCAACAAGAAUUGGCCGCCAAUGGCGGUGCCAGCGCGUCCGUCCCCACCGCCAGUCCGCUCGACUCCUCACCCCGCAAGCCCCCCACCCACGUCGCGUCAGAUGCGUCCUCGCCUCCCGUCCCUCCCACUUCCCACUCGUCCUCUGCUCCAUCCGCCGCCCGCGCCACCCCCGACCACUCGUCGCAGCCGUCGCAAGCGCCUGCUGCGCGCAGCGACGGCCGCGGCGACGGCGACGGCGAUGGGGCCGGUGCGGCGAGCUGGGGUCCGCCGCCGGCGCCGGACGCGGUGACGUACAACACGAUGCUGAGCGCGGGGCUGGCGGGCGCGGGCACGGCUGGCAGGGGGAGGGCCAAGGGGCGGGGGAGAGGCAAAGGCGCAGGCAGCAGGGGGGGAGGGGCCAGCAGCGGCGGAAGCGGCAGCAGCGCAGGGCGGCAGGCGCUGGCGCUGUACGGCGAGAUGAAGGCGAGCGGCGUGCGCCCCACGGCGCGCACGUUCAACAUCCUGGUCGCGCUGCUCGGCCACCACGGGCUCGUCGCGCAGGCGGAGGGGGUGGUGGCGGAGAUGAGGAGGGAGGGGGUGGAGGCUGAUGCGCACACAGUGAGCGCGGUGAUGACCAUGUACACGCGCGCGGACCGCCCUGACGACGCCAUCCGGACGUACGAGAGGGCGGGGGCAGCGGGGGUGCGGCCCUCACAGGCCAUGUUCACGGCGCUCAUGGCGGCGCUCACAGCCGCCGGCCGCCCCGCAGACGCCGCCGCCGCCUUUGACGCCAUGCUGCAGGCGGGCCUCACUGCUGACGUGGCGGCGUGCGGGGCGCUGCUGAGGGCGCUGGCGGAGGCGGGGGAGGCGGAGCGGGCGGAGGCGGAGCUGCAGGCCAUGCCGGCGCGGCACGGCGUGCAGCCCAACGCCAUCGCGUACUCCGCUGUCGUCAUGGCCUACGGCAGGCAGGGCAUGUGGGAGGAGGCGGCACGGGUGUUUGAGGGGAUGCUGAGUGCGGGGUGUGAGGCGGACCUGCAGGCGUUCAACAUCCUCAUGGCGGCCUACGGCCUGCAGGGCCUCUCCCUGCCCGCCGCGCAGCUCUUCCGGCGCCUGCAGGCGCAUGGGCUGCGCCCCGACGCCGUGACGUACAACACGCUCAUCCACGCCCUCUCCAAGGCCGGCCUGCCCGGCGCGGCCCUGCGUGCGCUGGAGCACAUGCGGCAGGGCGGGUGCGAGCCCGACCACGUGACGCGUUGCCUGGUGGCGCGCAUCCUGCACGAGGCCGGUCGCCACACCGACGCCGAACACAUGCUGCGCCCGCCCCCCCCACCCCUUGCUGUGCCCUCGCAGCGGUAG